AGCACUUAAGAAAAGAAGCCCCCUCACAUUUUCCUCUUUAAUUUCAAGGACUAACAUUUCUUCAACAAUUCAAACCUCUCUUUCUAAAUUAAUAUAUAUUGGAAGAUCGUUUCAAUUAUUCAAUCUUCCCAUUUGAAUAGUCAGAGAUCGUUUGGAUCUAAAUUCUCUCUUCUUCUUAACCCCUCGCAUCACAUGUAUAUGCUUAGAUCCAAUUGAUUGAUUGAUUGAUUUGAAUCAAUGCAAUGGCGAGUAAUAACAGCAAUGGAGAAGAAAUAGAAAGUUCGGAUGAUAAUGAGAUUUCGUCUGGUAGGGGUGUGGGAGGACGCAAAUACAGACCGGUAUUUGCUCAUGACCACGAUCGAGCUGUGCUUGAGAUGUCGUCAAUCGAUCCUGGUGAUGCAUCGUCGUCGUCUUCGUUACCUGUUCGGAACGAUCGCAUAAACAUUAAAGUGGGCAUGCAGACAGACACGACUUCUGAAGGAAAAGAUGACGCACUGCCAAAUCAUGUUGGUGUUAAUGGCUCUCGGACCGAGUCCAAGUUGGAAUUAUUUGGCUUUGACUCCCUUGUGAACAUUUUAGGGCUUAAAAGCAUGACAGGCGAUCAGAUUCCAGCACCUUCAAGUCCUAGAGAUGGAGAAGAUGCAACUAUUUCUCUGGAACGUCCCAAGACCUCUGGUAUCAAAUCUGGAACAAUGAUGGGGGUGUUCGUGCCUUGCUUGCAAAACAUUUUGGGAAUCAUCUACUAUAUCAGAUUUACGUGGAUUGUAGGAAUGGCUGGGAUAGGUGAGUCUUUGUUGCUCGUUGCCUUCUGUGGUUCAUGUACCUUCCUUACGACGAUAUCUUUGAGUGCUAUUGCAACUAAUGGUGCAAUGAAGGGUGGGGGACCUUAUUACCUCAUUGGUCGUGCCUUAGGUCCAGAGGUUGGAGUUAGCAUUGGGCUUUGCUUUUUCCUUGGAAAUGCUGUUGCUGGUGCCCUAUAUGUGUUGGGAGCUGUGGAGACCUUCCUGAAUGCUGUGCCAAGUGCAGGACUUUUUAGAGAGACGGUCACAAGAGUAAAUGGGACGGCUGUUGCGGAGCCCAUUACAGCUCCGAGUUUACAUGACUUGCAAAUUUAUGGGAUUAUCGUGACGAUCAUCUUGUGUUUCAUAGUCUUUGGUGGCGUAAAAAUGAUAAAUCGAGUUGCACCGGCCUUUCUCAUACCUGUUCUAUUCUCAUUGGUCUGCAUAUUUAUGGGGAUACUUUUGGCAAGGAAGGAUAAACCUGCAGUGGGAAUUACGGGCUUGAGCACGAAAUCUUUCAAAGAAAAUUGGAGCUCAGAUUAUCAAAAUACUAAUAAUGCUGGAAUCCCAGAUCCUGAUGGAAAAAUAUACUGGAAUUUCCAUGGAUUGGUAGGCCUCUUUUUCCCUGCUGUAACAGGAAUCAUGGCCGGUUCAAAUCGUUCUGCAUCACUCAAGGACACUCAACGAUCCAUUCCCAUUGGGACAUUAGCUGCAACUUUGACGACUUCAGUUUUAUAUAUUAUUUCAGUGCUAUUCUUUGGAGCCCUUGCAACCAGGGAGAAACUUUUGACUGACAGGUUACUUACAGCUACAGUUGCGUGGCCUUUCCCUGCUAUCAUUUAUAUUGGUAUUAUCCUCUCGACCUUAGGUGCAGCUCUUCAGAGCCUGACGGGUGCUCCACGUCUACUUGCAGCUAUAGCCAAUGAUGAUAUCCUGCCUGUUCUCAACUACUUCAGGGUGGCAGACGGGAGUGAGCCUUAUGUUGCUACUCUCUUUACUGCCUUCCUUUGUAUUGGAUGUGUCGUAAUUGGCAAUUUGGAUCUUAUCACCCCGACCGUAACUAUGUUUUACCUCCUGUGUUAUGCGGGUGUCAACUUAUCGUGCUUUCUUUUGGAUCUGCUAGAUGCUCCUAGCUGGCGUCCACGGUGGAAAUUUCACCACUGGAGCCUCUCUCUUCUUGGGGCAUCACUUUGUAUAGUGAUCAUGUUCUUGAUUUCUUGGUCAUUCACUGUGGUGGCUCUAGCCUUGGCAAGCCUCAUAUAUUACUAUGUGAGCAUCAAGGGGAAAGCUGGGGACUGGGGUGAUGGUUUCAAGAGUGCAUAUUUUCAACUUGCUCUUCGUAGUCUACGAUCUUUGGGAGCAAGCCAGGUACAUCCAAAGAACUGGUACCCUAUACCCCUCAUAUUCUGCCGGCCAUGGGGCAAGUUGCCUGAGAACGUUCCCUGCCACCCUAAACUUGCUGAUUUUGCAAACUUCAUGAAGAAAAAAGGCAGGGGAAUGUCCAUAUUCGUUUCUAUCCUAGAUGGGGACUACCAUGAGCGAGCUGAGGAUGCCAAGGAAGCCUGCAAAGCACUUAGUACUUACAUCGACUACAAGAGAUGUGAAGGUGUUGCCGAGAUAGUUGUUGCCCCCAGUAUGUCGGAUGGCUUCCGAGGCAUUGUUCAGACCAUGGGCCUUGGCAAUCUAAAGCCCAAUAUUGUGGUAAUGAGGUACCCAGAAAUAUGGCGCCGGGAAAAUUUAACUGAAAUACCAGCAACAUUUGUUGGAAUAAUAAAUGACUGCAUUGUUGCAAACAAGGCAGUUGUUAUUGUCAAGGGUCUCGACGAGUGGCCUAAUGAGUACCAAAGACAGUACGGUACUAUUGAUUUGUAUUGGAUUGUGCGAGAUGGUGGUCUUAUGCUUCUUCUCUCUCAACUCCUCCUUACCAAGGAGAGCUUCGAGAGUUGCAAGAUUCAGGUAUUCUGCAUUGCCGAGGAGGAUUCCGAUGCGGAGGAACUCAAGGCCGAUGUAAGGAAGUUUCUCUAUGAUCUUCGGAUGCAAGCCGAGGUAAUUGUAAUCUCCAUGAAAUCAUGGGAUGCCAAAGCAGAACAACAAGAUGAAUCGGUGGAUGCAUUCGCUGGUGCCCAGCAGAGGAUUUCUAGCUAUUUAUCAGGCAUGAAGGAUAAAGCUCAGGAAGAAGGCACGCCUCUUAUGGCUGAUGGAAAGCCAGUUGUUUUCAACGAGCAGCAGGUCGAAAAAUUUCUUUUUACCACCUUAAAGCUUAAUUCAACAAUACUGAAAUACUCGAGAAUGGCUGCAGUCGUGCUCGUGAGCCUUCCACCACCACCUCUCAACCAUCCGGCUUAUUUUUACAUGGAGUACAUGGACCUGUUGGUUGAAAACGUGCCAAGGCUUUUGAUUGUCCGAGGAUAUCGUAGAGAUGUUGUCACUUUGUUCACAUAGUCUUUUUGAUCGUUUCUUUUAGACAUUUUCGUCUGACAAUUAAAUUUUUUUCUUUAAAUCAUUUGUUUAUAUGUUUUUUUACCCCACGUAGCACAUUUACUUGUAGUAAAUUUACGGUUAAUUCAUCUUCUUUUGUGGAGAAUACGCUGUUGUAUACACGGUUCUCUAUCAUUUUGGCCACAUUUCUUAUUAUAGAAAAUUUUGUUGUCUUAUU